UUGACACUGGCACCUCCGCCGAGCACGAGACGGUGUCUGAUUGGAAGGUGGGGAGAAAAAGUAAGAUUGCAACAUCGCAGUUCAGAGGGGAGGUUCCGUUAACCGGGCGUCGUGAAAGCGAAGCGGAAAGUUUACUGCGACUCAGUUCAGCGGAAGUGAAGCGAAACAGGUGUCAUCUUUUCUGUAUGGUUGUUGUGCGACUCCCUGUUUGACGGCUCUCAAGUGGUUUCGCGUAGCGCCGAGAAAAAAAGUUUUCGUCCGUUAGAAAAAAGCAACAACAUGUCAAACCUUCGACCCAAGCUGUGCCUGCUGGAAAAGGGACCCAGCGGCUACGGGUUCCACCUGCACGGAGAGAAGGGCAAGACCGGGCAGUUCAUCCGGCUCGUGGAGUCGGACACUCCCGCCUCCGAAGCCGAGCUUCUCGCGGGCGACCGCCUGGCGUUUGUGAACGGGGAGAGCGUGGAGGGCGAGAGCCACCAGCAAGUGGUGGCCCGGAUACGGGCCACUGCCGGGGCUCUGGAGCUUAUCGUCGUCGACCCCGAAACUGCGGCGCUGCUGGAGAAACACAACCUGAAGUGCCGCCGGGAAUUCGUCACCGAGGGGAUUCCCCUGCCCGGCGCGGGGGACGGCGACUCCGAGCGCGUGGACGCGCACAGCAACGGCUCCUCGAGGAAUUCCACGCCCGCCCCGCGUGAGAACCGGGACGCUGCCUCGCAGAGGUCGGAGAGGCUGAGUGUCGCCUCCAGCACCAAGGAGGAGCUCGGCGGGCCGCGACCUCGUCUCUGCCACAUGAAGAAGGGAGCCGGCGGCUACGGCUUCAACCUGCACAGUGAGAAGUCCAAGCCGGGCCAGUUCAUCAGGGCCGUGGACGCCGACUCUCCGGCACAGUGGGCGGGCGUGAAGAUACGGGACAAGCUGGUCCAGGUCAAUGGCAUGUCUGUGGUCGGCAUGCAGCACUCAGAGGUGGUCGCGGCCAUCAAGAUGGGAGGAGAGGAGACCACGCUGCUGCUGGUGGACGCCGAGGCCGAGGAGUUCUUUAAGAGAUGCAAUGUUGUGCCCACCGAGGAACACGUCACCGGACUUCUUCCUGAGCCAGCGUCAGAGAGAGCAUCAGAGGAGGAGGCAGCGGAGGUGAAGCCUAAAGUGUCGGUGAGCUCGUCGGCCUCCAGCGCCUCCUCCAGCUCCUCCCUGCCAGCAGCGACCAGCAGCGCCCCUCCUGCAGAGGUAGAUGCGGCCCCCGCAGCUGGAGGCCUGGCUCUGGGCAUGUCCCUGGCCCAGGCCAGAGACAAAGCCCGUCAGAAACGAGCCGCCAAAAAAGCCCCGACAAUGGACUGGAGCAAGAGGAACGAACUGUUUGGCAACUUAUAAUCAUCAUCAUCAUCGCCAUCAACAACUUGUAAUCAUCAUCAUCAUCAUCAUCACCACAUCCAUCUCCUUCUGACUGUCCUGUAGUGCCCGGUGUCUGGUCUCUGAAUCUGGCUUCCACAUGACACCCAAUGUUCAUUUUGAAAAUUUUAAUGUUCUUCAGUAUUAUACCAUAAUCUUAUUUGUUUUAAUUUAGUUUUGCCACUUGACAUGUUUCUAAUAACGGUCGUCGUCACACACAGGAAUGAAUGUUAAUAUAUAUUAAGGAGAAUGUGUAAAAGAACAAUGGCAAUGUACAGUUUCUAGUAUGAAACGGACCAAGUAGAGAAUAAUGGGGCAUAGGAGGAAAAUGUUAUUGGCAGAUCUUAAAAUGAGAUUUUCUUUCAAUCUACAGUUUUAGACAAAAUUCUGAUUUUGACGUCUGCAAUCAGCAGCUAAAAUGAAAGCGUGUCCAUUUUCUGUCGUCAGUAUCUGUGAACGAUGGAGGCUGAUAACUUAUGGCCAACAUAAGCAUUCCAUGGCGAUGUUGACAGUGUUUUAAUCUUCAGUAUGAAGCCGGCUGUAGUCUGAGUGGUGAAAGCUCUGGUAACCAUGGAAACGGUCGGUCAUGUCUGUCUGCUUGUCUUUCCCUUCUGGGUUUUUGGCAUCCUAUAGGAUUCAACAGAAUAACUUCAUAUUUUUUCACUUUGCUCUUAAUAGACAAUUGUACAUAUUUGAUUAAAUGAUUGAAGAAGAUAUUUUAUUUUGACUGAUUUGAGAGAAAUUAAGCUCCUCAGUAAAUUGUUUUGAUUUUGCUGAAAUGUGCAUGAAUUAAUAGCUGCAUCAGUUGGUCUGAGUAUCCAAUACAAGACUUUUACCAAGUGAAAAUAUUAAGUGUACUGAUGCUGGCUCUGUUUUGGAAUGCACUCACAAAUAAAACAUGUUGACAUACUA